CCAGUCUGUUAAGAGUGUUGGCGCGAGUUUUUGGCAAACACGCAUAUUUUCGAAAGCCAAAUAGAGUGCCAAACGGUGUUUGGAAAAUAUUCGAAAUAAUUCGGCGCGCUUCAAAGGCUAGAAACAAGUUUUUCUGUUUUCUUACUUUCCGAAUAGUGCUGGUGUUGGUGUUGGUGCUGGCUUUGGUUUUGGUGGUCAGUGCGAACACUUGUGUGUGUGUGUGGAAAUGUGUUUUCAUUGGAACUAAGCGCAAUUUUUAUUAAUUACGCUAAAACCGAGAGAGAGAGCGAGAGAGAGAGAGAGAGACAGCGAUAGAGAAAUACUUAGCAUACAUUCUGAUUGACUGAUUGACUGAUUGACUGACUGAGUGACUGGCUGACUGACAGUCGUGAUGGCAGCAUCCGUAACACCUGUGGACUUCUUGCUCAGCACAGUCAGCACGCUCGGCCAGGCAGCGGCUGGGGAGGUGGGGCGCAGCAGCAAGAGUCCUGAGGAGCUGUACGCGAAGAAGAAGCGUCUGAUUCUCAGCUGCGUUGUGAUGGUGUUGGGCGUGAUUGGCAACUCAUUAGCUUUGAUCAUUUUGGCGCGCAAGAAGCACAACAAGUACAGCAAAUACACGUUAAUGUUGCGCUGCUUGGCCACAAACAACUUGCUGGGUCUGCUGGGGAUGCUAAGCACUACCCUUCUCAGGGUUAACUUAUCCAAGGAGGUGCUGCAAUCCUUUGUACGUCUGGACUGCUUCGGCUACUUGCUGUUUCGUUUCUUUGGAGUCAGUUCCGGGUGCAUAGCCGCCGUCAUGGCUGCCGAACGCUGGAUGGCUUUGGCGCGCCCCUUUAUCUAUCACAAGCACAUUACCUAUGAACUGGUUCGCAAAACGAUCUACUCACUCAUAGGGGUCGCCAUAAUCGUCACCUUCAUGCCCCUCUUCGGCUUUGGCGCCUACAUUGAUGAUUCGAAUCCCAACGAAAUGAAGUGUCUGCGCUAUCGCGAUGCCGAUGGCUAUGUCAACAAGGCCUAUGCCAUAAUGUUUAUGAUUUUCGGUGUCAUGUUGUGCAUUGUGAUUGUGGCGUGCAAUUUGUUUGUGGCACGAGUAUUGUGCUUCAUUGGCCAUAGUCGCACCACUACGCGCCACAUGCAAUACAAUCUGGUGAAUCGCGACAAGAGCGUGCGCAGCAUUGACGCGGAAAGCAGCAGCGGCACCACACUCUACCAGAGCCAGUACAGCACCACCAGUAGCCACAAUGUGCCGCCACCACGUCAAUUCUACCACAGCAACAGCGUCACAAUGACGGCACAGACAUCGCCCAACGAGAUCAAAUUCGCCAAACUGAUGGCUUUCCUGAGCAUCUCCUUUGUGGUUUGCUGGAUGCCCCAGAUGAUUUCCAUACCGCUGGCCAUCAUGCCGAAUCGUAUACCGGCAAAGCAUCCAUUUUUCGUCAUAGCAGACUUGUUCACGGCUCUGCAUUUCGCAUCCGAUCCCUAUGUCUAUGUGCUGAGCCGCACCAAGCACUCGUUUGUGAUGGGCUGCCUGAAGCGCUGGCGCUGCGGUUUGCGCCGAUCCCAGAGCGAUCAGAGCCGCCUGCGCACCACCGCCACGGAGCAGAAUACGCUCGAUUGUAACUUUAAUUGAGGCAUCAUUCGAAUCGGUGCCAAUACAUACAAGUACUUAUAUGUAUAGUAUACGUCUCGGAUUUACUCAAAAAUUAUCCUACCGCUCGUCUCUUGUAAUUAGUUUCUAAGCUGUAGAUAACAACUAUCGUCCUAGACGUAAGAAUCUUCAUACUUUAUGUAAAAAUAUGGUUCUCAUACUCUCGUACAUACUUAUAUAUGCAUAUACAUAUAUGUAUAAGUAUAUGUAUUAAUAAUCCAAACGAUGUAGUUUAAACAUUGACGAUACAGAGCAUCGAAUGUUCAGCAACUGGAUAAGCGAUGCGGAAUAUUUUUUAAAUCUAAAUAAAUAGGAUAUUUAUAACACAAAAUAAGAAGAUAUUGUAGCUGCAUACUAUAUUUCUAUU